UCGCGCGACAUUCAAAUUUAGCAAGUGAGUGAGCGCGCGAGCGGCUUCCAGGAGAACAAGUGCGUUUUUUAAGCUCAGAUAUGCUGAAAAAGAAGUCAAGUAGCACUGAAAAGAAAAGGAAACACUCGCAGUCCGAAGAACGACACGACAAUAAGCGCAGAAGUACGGAGCCUAACGUGGAGCAGGACUCCAGGGAUGAACUCGCUGACCCCGAGCUGGACAGGAUUGGCAGUGACAUUGAGGAGGGGGGACUGGACCUCAGCCAGCCGUUUCAACCCAUCACUGCUUAUGUCACCGACAAGCGGGAGAUGCUAAAGCAGUGUUUCCAUGUACUUGGGGAGAAGAAGCUACAUAAAAUGCUGCCUGAUGAACUCAAGGAUUGUAGUUUAGAGGAAAUCAAAAAGUUGUGUUGGGAGCAACUGGAACCAGUCUCAGAGAAAAAUCUUAUUCAAAUCUUAGCAGGGGAAGAGCUGACAUCUGGACAUGGGAAUGAAAACAGAGAGACCUUGGAAAGCCAGCAAGACAAUAAUGUAGACUCUACAUCUUGCCUCAAAGAAGCAGCAAAAACUGAGGAUCCUAAGCAAGAUGGUGGUGGUUCAGGCGAGGAGAGUGAUGUCUUAAGCAUUAAUGCAGACACUUACGAUAGUGACAUAGAGGGACCCAAAGAGGAGCAGGCUGUUAAAGCUGUGGACGGGGCAGUGAAGUUAGGGGAGAGUAGUGGGGAGGUUGCUGACCCAGCUGUAAACCCUGACCCAACUGAUCCAGAGCCUCCCACAGGCUCUCAGCCAGUGGAAGCAAAGAAAGACAUUCAAAGUGACAUAGACAAAAGCGUUAAUGAGAUUUUAGCGUUUUCGUCCACUUCAGGCAAAGAGGUAUCUAAAGAACAGAAUGUGCCGCCGCAGUCUGCAGAUGUUAGUUUACCUGUUUCAGGUUGUGCACCAACAGCGUGCCAGCCGUCCAUUCAGCAGCUGGAGCUCCUGGAGCUGGAAAUGAGGGCUCGGGCCAUCAAGGCUCUGAUGAAAGCAAGUGAUGGGAAAAAACCUUCUGUGGCAAAAAACCUUUAACUUGGUUUGUUUUUAUGUUUUCUAUGGUUUGGUGCUUUCAGACACUUUAAGUAACUCAGCUUACAGUUGGUGAAUCUAGUUUGUUUUUGAACAGUUAACGACAUAGUUCAGUUUUGUUUUUUGUUUUUUUUUAAUGUGAGUGUACCAUUCAAACUAUGUUGUAUUAUUACUCCAUAUUGGAAUGCUGUUACAGAUUGUUUAAUGCCAAAUUAAACACAGAGACCUGUUUUAC